UUGUAGGCUUAAGAGGUACACACAAAACAUUGGCCUCUCUCUAGUUGUCAAAAUAAAAAAAUAAUAAAAAUAAAUCACACUUAUACCCUUUAAAUUAUCAUCGCAUAAAUGUGAUUCCCAUCCUAGCUCACUCCAAAUCGAACUCUCCCAUCUUCUCCUCUAUAACUUAAAAAAAAAAAAUAAUGGAAAAAUUAAGCAUUCUUGUAAUUUCAAUAUUAGUUGCAUUACCAUUCACACAUUCAAUAACACAAAAUGUGCAUCUUUCCAAACUAUACAAAGCCAAAUACCAUGAAAAUAAUAAAAUUGACAAGAACUCAUAUGAAACAAUGCUUGAUGUUGAUCAUGGCAAAAGGAUAAAUAAACAUCAUCAUCAUCAUCAUCAUGAUAAUCAUAGGGAGAUGAAGGAGAGAGAUAGAAUAGAGAAGUUACCUGGGCAACCAGCAGUGAACUUCACACAGUAUGGUGGAUAUGUUACAGUUGAUCACAAAAAUGGAAGAGCUUUUUAUUAUUACUUUGUGGAAGCUCAUACCAACAAAAAUUCUUUGCCACUUCUUCUUUGGCUUAAUGGAGGUCCUGGUUGUUCAUCUUUGGCUUAUGGAGGUAUGGAAGAAUUAGGUCCAUUUCGAGUUAAAAGUGACGGCAAAACAUUAUAUACCAACAAAUAUGCUUGGAAUCACGUUGCAAAUGUUUUGAUGUUGGAGUCUCCAGCUGGAGUAGGGUUUUCAUACUCAAAUACAACAUCAGAUUAUGAUAGCAACGGAGAUAUGAAAACAGCGGAGGAUAAUUAUGUAUUUUUAUUGAAUUGGUUUGAGAGAUUUAGUGAGUAUAAAGGCAGAGGGUUUUACAUUGCUGGAGAAAGUUAUGCUGGACAUUAUGUACCUCAGCUUGCUCAUGCCAUUCUUCACCACAACAUCAAUGCUACUCCUAAUUCCAUCAUCAACCUCAAAGGCAUUAUCAUUGGAAAUGCAGUGAUAAAUGAUGAGACAGAUUUAAAGGGGAUGUAUGAUUUUUUCUGGAGUCAUGCAAUAAUAUCAGACCAAGUCAAAAAUGAUAUUUUUGGGAAUUGCAAUUUCAGUCCAAGUGCAGCCACACAGAGUGACAAAUGCCAUGCAGCCGCCAAUCAAGUUGAAGAGGAUAUCCAAUACUUGGAUGUUUACAAUAUUUAUGCUCCUGUUUGUCUCUCCUCUAAUCUUACUGUCAGGCCUAAAAAACUCACUCAUGCUUUGGAUCCAUGUAGUGAUCAUUAUGUGACUGCUUACAUGAACUCUCCUGAUGUCCAAAAAGCUCUUCAUGCCAAUGUCACCAAACUCUUUUAUGAUUGGCAACCUUGUAGUGCGGUAAUCACCAAGUGGUCAGACAGCCCAUCAACAGUGAUACCUCUUCUCAAAGAGCUCAUGGGUAAGGGCCUUCGAGUAUGGAUUUUUAGUGGGGACACAGAUGGUAGAAUACCAGUAACUUCAACCAGGGAAUCAUUGAAUAUAAUGAAGCUUCCAAUCAAGACUAAGUGGCAUCCUUGGUUCAUCAAAGGAGAGGUUGGUGGAUACACAGAAGAAUAUGAAGGGAACUUAACAUUUGCAACAGUACGAGGAGCAGGCCAUCAAGUUCCCAGCUUUCAACCUAUUCGAGCCCUUUCUUUGAUCUCUCACUUCCUUGCUGGCACCCCUUUGCCUAAUACUUCUAGAGCUAAAGUUUUUUGAUUUCUUACUUCAUUUUUUUUUUUUAGAUUUUAAUUAUUAAGAAAUUGUUUUUCUCCCAGUUAA